AGACAAGAGUGACUCGACAUAAAAAUACACCGGUAUGGGCUGACAUGUCCAGAUGGUUUAAAAGAUAACGAUGUUUUUCUUUUCGCUAUCAUUACGAACUCGUCCUUUCUUGUGGAACAUUUCUUACAAGCCAAAACGCACAAUGGCGACCAAGGUACACGCCGUUGCUCAGACUGGAUUCGGAACAGGCACAAAUGACCUCUACGACCGAGCACGCCCGUCCUACCCUUCUCAGUCAAUUGCUCACAUCAGAGAGGUCGUCAAGUCUCCUGCUCCCCUCAAUGUCGUCGAAAUCGGUGCUGGAACCGGUAUAUUCACCCGAGCAUUACUUGCCCAUCCUGCAUGGACCGCUGAUAUCCACAAAGUAAAGGCCAUCGAGCCCAGUGCUGGAAUGCGCGAGGUGUUCUCCAAAACAGUAGCUGACGAUAGAGCCACUGUCGCAGAAGGAACAUUUAACCACACUGGUGUGGAGGAUGGUUGGGCAGAUAUCGUCAUCAUAGCCCAAGCAUUCCACUGGUGCCCUGAUUAUGAUAGUGCAUCUGCUGAGUUUGCUCGGAUCUUGAAGCCCGAUGGUGCAACUGUAUGCAUCUGGAACCUGGAAGAUAGGGACGGUGCUGGAUGGGUCGCUCAACUGCGCGAUCGUGUUGAGUCUCACGAGCAAGGCACCCCGCAGUUCCGUCUUGGCCUUUGGCGUCAAGCAUUUGACACUGCAUCUUAUACUAAGUUGUUCCAACCGCCGGAAGAGAAAGAGUGGACGUACCAUCUCCCAGGCUCUGUUGAAAUCUGUGUCAAUCGGGCUCAGAGUAAGAGUUACAUAGCUGUCCUUCCUCCAGUCGAGAAAGCCCAGGUAGUGGAGGAUAUCAAAGCGAUAUUGGCCAAGGGCGAUGGUAAAGUGUGGAUGGAUGAAAGUCAGGGGUUAUUUGAAUACCCUUACAAGACCUUGGUCGUGGUUGCCAGGAAGAAUUCAUAAUUUAUCUUUGGCCUUGUCAAAGAUUUGGUUUGUAUCAACACAAUUGUUAUGUUGUAGUAGUAGCUUAAAAUUAUUGUAUCGCUACUUGUCACGCAAAUGUGAAGACUCGGAAAAUAGACUUCGCCACAAUGCGUUCCCAGGCU